AUGGGCCUCUUUACGAACCUUAAAAAGAAUCACCUCAAAAAAAAGGAUGGCGAGCCAGCCUACGCCAGAAAACAGAUGCCGCUCCCGGCUCACGUAGCCUCAGGCUUACCUGAUCUUCCAAUUCCGUUUCCUACGUCGACUCAUCCUCAACUUCCAGUCGGCUGCAACGACGACGAACCAAUACAAACCAACAAUUUCUACAACAACUUAACUUUGGAAGACCAAACUUUUCCUGUUUGGACGCUUCCCUAUUCGCUAUGGAUGACGAAAGAUCCCGGACAAGACGUGGGCUUGGCAUUGAACCACACCGAAGCCGCGCAACAGGUAUACGGACCAGACCCCGAUUCUGACCCGGUGCAGUUUUAUUUCAACCCACCCAAGAUCAAAUCGUUUGUAUUCACGGGUCGUGGAUUUGAAUCUGCUAGAAUUGACCUCAGGAAUCAUAAAAAGAUGUCGGUUACUGCCGAGAUUGUGGGCUCAUCUGGAAAGAUAACCGUUCCCCUUGUUCAGGGAAUGGGAUUUAUUACAGCAGUUUAUGAGAGUAUUGCUCCUGUGGUGGCGUCACAGGUCGGGGUACAGAAAUUCGAGAAAGUUAAGUCGUCUUCCGGCACUUUUACCAAGUAUAGAGUGGUCUUGUUCAACCAGGUAACUUGGCUGGUUUACAGUGACGAUCUGGAACUUGGUCUUGCUGAUCCAAAUCAUAUUGUGGGCAGAAAAACCGGAGCUGUGGUUCAAAUCUGCCGAGGUGAUUCGAAAUAUUAUGACGAAAGCGCAGGUAAUUGGCCAACUAGUUGUGAACUUUCCUUCAAUGGAAACCAAUAUCGAUUUUCCUACAAAAUGAACAAACCUGGUGUGGGAAUUGUCUGGUGCUUGCCACAUCACCAGCAAGUUCUUAGUGGAGACACCGCCAAACUGUUCACAAAAUUGGAGUUGGACUCGACAACUAAGGGUGUGAUGAGAGCAUAUGCCACUAACGAAUUGGUGAUGGAAGAGACUGAACUUCCUCAGAAUAUCAACUGGGAGUCCCCAGGUGCCCAUUACUCAUCUGAAGCGCUCCAGGCUAUCAAAAUGGCCGCUACACAAGAGUGCAAGGAUGAUGUAGUCGGUAUGGCAAACAUCGACUCCAUGUACACUUCAGGCAAGAUUCUUGAUAAAUACGCAUACAUUGCCUAUGUGUGCCAUUUCAUACUAAAAGAUGAAAGCCUUACCAAUGAGGUGCUACCAAAGGUGAAGAAGGCGGUAGAAAUUUUUGCUACCAAUUCACAGAAAAAUCCAUUGACUUAUGACAAAACUUGGAAAGGUAUUCGGUCUACCGCUGACCCAGCAGCCGACUUUGGUAACGCCAACUACAAUGACCAUCAUUUCCAUUACGGGUAUCAUGUCCAUGCCAUUGCAUUGAUAGCUAAAAUCGACAAACAAUGGCUCCACGAAAAGGAUGGACUAGUGCUCAAUUAUGUCACAGCCUUGGUUAAAGAUUUUGCUAAUCCUGUUGCCGACGGUAAGUUUCCCCAAUUUCGGUCGUUUGACUGGUUUCAUGGUCAUUCUUUUGCGCAUGGAAUCUUUGCUUCAGGAGAUGGAAAGGAUGAAGAGUCUUCUUCGGAAGACUAUCAUUCUGUCUAUGCCUUAAAAUUGUACGCUCAAAUUAUCGAAGACAAGCUGUACGAGCAGUGUGCAAACUUGAUGCUUGCAGUGAUGCGCCGGGCAAUUAAUAUGUACAUGUUGUUCGCAGACGACAACAAAAUACAGCCCAAGCGUAUAAUCAAAAACAAGGUUUCAGGAAUAUUGUUUGAAAACAAGAUCGACUACGCUACAUAUUUUGGUCGUGGUACCAUUGGUGACGAAUGGAUCCAUGGAAUUCAUAUGAUCCCCAUAACUCCAAUGUCUUCCUACAUGCGGAAUAAGAAGUUUGUGCAAGAAGAAUGGGACCUUAAAAUAGCUCAUAUUAUCGACCGGAUUCCCGAUGGAUGGAAGGGUCUUUUAAUGUUGAACCUGGCUAUAAUUGACCCCAGGCGGGCAUGGAGCUGGUUUGCUGGAAACGACUGGCGGUUGGAGUUGAUGGAUAAUGGCAUGUCUCGAACCUGGUCUCUUGCGUACAUUGCUGGAGUUGGGGGUGCGUGA